AUAAGUCUUUAAUCCUCUAAUUUUUUUGGUUGUAAAAGUAAAAGGUUUUGCAUGCAUCGAUAUGCUGUCAACAAAAUAUGAUAUACGAGUGCCGCACAAAGCGAAAUUACCGUUAAGCAGUGGUGACUUUUUUUAUUUUUGAAUUUAGCGUUUAAGCCCCACAUAUGAUAUUUUUAAGGGGGUGGGGAUAUGAUUUGAAUAUAUAUAAAAAUGUAGAACUAAGUAAAUUUAAGUAGAAAGAACUAUUCUAGAUACUGUUUAUUGCAUAUGAUAAAUUGGACCAAGUAAAGAAUGUCAGUGAUUCAUCAAUACCAACAUACCAUUACUCCACGUAGUAUUGGUUCGAAUUCUACAUCUUCAGAUAGUACCAUUCCACGAACUGUGUUACAAAGCUCUGGAAGACCACAUAGACUGCUGGUACCAAAUGUCAAUAUCAUUAUAGCACACUUGAAACUUAUGAAAUGUUUCCAAAACCUAACCCAACUGAUACCUAAAAAGGAUUGGACAAUAUUCUUAAGGAAUUCUCUUCGAAGGUUCAUUUGGUAUGUUACUCUUUUAAAGAACAAGUUUAAGCCUCGUCAACGGUAUUCCAAUGAAGCUGCUCAGUUGUCAAAUUAUAAGAAUCUCCCACUCGCCAAAUUUUGCAGCCACAGCAUCUCUUCACAACUCCCCCCAAUAGAUAUAUUGUAUGUUUGGUACGUACUAACUUCUAAAACAACUUCUUAUUAUGAAAUGGGUGCUAGGAAUCUGUUCUUGGAGUUUUCAUUUUUACCCUUUCCACUUAUCCCCGUUGCUAGUAGUUUAUCCAUGAAUCUGUUUCAAUAUUGUCCAGACAAACGAGCAGUUCAAAAAUUCAUGGCAUUCACAGAUAAUAAUAUUCCAUAUCAUUGGAACCUUUCACUGUUACAGACUGUCCCCAUUAUUUGUCCAGUUUGUCUGCAGAAACUUGCUGGAGUUUACUUGAAAGAUAUAGAAGGAUUUUCACAACUUUCUAGUUGUCGAUGUAAAUUCCAGGGACAAUUAUGCUCAUCACAACUUUCGAAACGUCAACUAUAUGCGGAUUUAUGUAGCGAAAAGCCCUUACCAUUUCUAUACCAAACUUUAUCAAGCCAUUUAUUUGAAUCAGAAACUUACGAUACUACCGUGGAAGAGAUUGAUAUCUCUCUUAAGGAGAUUUUAGCCACUCCCAAUAGAAUUCAAGAAUUAAAAUUGGCUAGCACUACAAUUGAAACUUUUUUCAACUCUGUUGAAGAAGAUCUUGAAUCCAUGGAUGACAAAGAUAUUGCAUUUAAGAUUAUAGAUCGUUUAGGUAAGUACUACACUUCGUCGUCAACUCUGAUGUUGAACGCUACAAUACCUGCGUCUAAUCCAAUACAAAUUACAGAAGGUUGGAAUAUUUUUGAAACUAGAAAUGAACUUAUUGAAAAGAUUUCUCUGUUGAAAUGGCUCUAUAAUCCACAAUUAGAGAAUGUACUUCUCCCAAAAUCCAUUGCUCGAUAUGGUGCAUUUUUUCAUAUACUCUCGGACAACUAUAGAUGUUAUUCUUUGGUUCCCUUGGUAGAUAUAGACCUAGUUUGGCAAACGCAUAAACUUGCUGUACAUUCUUACAUGGAGCAUUGUAAAAUCAAAUGUCAUAAUAACGUGAUUGAUGCCAUAUACGAUACAUCAAAAUUGGCAUCAAAUUUUGAAUACACUUGCAAACUUUAUAAAACAGUAUAUCAUAAAGAAUACUCAAGUUGCAAUUGCUAUUAUUGUUUCCGAGCUGGAAGACUUAUCAAACAAAGCCAAUAUUCUCCUAAAAUAGCCGAGUUUUGUACACUUUUACUUCCAUGCUUUACCAUAUCAAAUUGUUCCACCACUACAAUACCUUCUCGGUAGUUAUAUAAUUUAACAAUAUCAUAUACGUAAAUAUAUAUUUGGGCAUGUU